GCUGAACUGUGCUGUUGUGUGCCUCCUGCGCGCUGUUCCUUCACUAGUCAACAUGGCGAUCUUGCAAAUUCUCCAACUCCUGACUGUUGCAGAAUGUGUUUCGGCUUUUGCCAUUCGUAAUGACCCACAGCUUAAUUUGACGGCGGAAUCGCCUGAAGUCACAACUGUUGAUGUGCUUCCUGCGUCUUUAGUGACCACUGAUUCUAGUGGGAAAUCCAUAUGGCGACCAAAAGUGCAUGACGAGAGCAGCGCAACUGGUUUCGAGGAUGCGACUACAGCUGGAGGCGACAGCAGGGUUCGCCUCGAAGCUACAGCAACUGAGUUCGAUGUUACGAUUCCAACCACCACAGAAGGUCAAGGAUCUAAGGACUCCAUCACGAUGAUAGACAUCGGUACUAUCAUCCAAAGCCUCAUCACUUCCACCGAGAUGGCUGUGCCUACCGUGCACUUUGAGAGCUCCGCCACAGAUUGGGACGAAGUAACAUCAACUGUGCAUUUCGAGAGCUCUGCGUCAGACUGGGGAACUGUUUCUUCGGAGAUCGCGCACUUUGAGAGCUCUGCGAGUGGCUGGGGCCAGACAAAUCAUCAGGACCCGUCAACACCUCAGAGCACCAGGUAUAAGCCAGUAGAAGUGUCGGACGACCCCUGGACAAAAGACCUACAGACACCACAAACGACAGCCCCAGAUGGACUAAAGAAUAACCAGCCGCAGGUCACGACAGUACCGAGCAGGACCAUCACGGACUUUCCACCCCCUCCUGCCAUAACGCACGACGGAAUCACGGUCCGCCCUGUCGCUGUCACGCGCAGACCAACUGUGACCUUGCCGGGCGGGGGGCUGACGACGACCGACAAGAUUGAGUUCCAGGUCGCGAUUGGAUCUUCCACACUUAGCAUUGGCGUCCCGAUCACCAUUAACAAUGUUGUGGUCGGCGUCACAACCGACGCAGCCGGUUCGACCGUACUCCGUGCGGGCGAUAUGACAACAAUGUUGCCUGAGCCAGCUGCGGGCGAAGUGCGUACAAUCGCGGUAAAUACACCAGAACGACUGAGCGUCAUGACUGCGGUCAUUAACGGAACCACCAAGUAUGUCCUCGCAGGCCAGACGCUAGCUCCUGGACAGCCAGUGACCAUCGGGGACACACCUAUCUCGAUCACUAUUAGUAGCGGAAAGACAGUGCUCUAUGUUGGCGAGACGACGACCACUUUGAUAGCUGCCGCGUCCGAUAUACAGACUAUUACCGACUGGACGAGUAUUAGUGCUGGUACGCAAGGAAUUGUAGAAAACAACAACCCAGCCAGUGCAAGCCCCACAACUACGAGAUCAGGAUCGUCAGAGUCGAGAAAAGUCGAUGCAGCUUUUGCAUACUGCGCUAUGGGCAUGGCUAUGUUCAUAAUCACUACCUAAUUUGCACCGAGAAAGGCAUUUGAGGAGCAAGUGGUCUUCCACGACUUGGAUCUACUUAACAGGCGCAGUACGCGAAG